AAAAAGUCUAUUAGCAUCGAAAAUCUGGGUUGCCGUUACCGAAUUAAAGCAGCUGUGUUUUUUAAACCCAUACUUACAUUGUCUUUCCGAAUAACUCCUCAAAGCCAUGACAAGUGCUCAAUGAGGUCACACGUCAGUGAUGGCUGUGUUGUCGUGGAAGGAGAUUUGCCUGCUGACCGGACUGGUGGUGGGCUGCUACUGGAACAGUCUCCUGUGUGGUUUCGUGUUUGAUGAUGUCUCUGCCAUUUUGGACAACAAAGACCUUCGUCCCUCCACGCCUAUCCAGAACCUCUUUCUCAAUGAUUUCUGGGGGACCCCCAUGUCAGAGGAGAGGAGCCAUAAAUCUUACAGACCGCUCACUGUCCUCACCUUCCGCCUCAACUACCUGCUGAGCGAGUUGAACCCUGCGUCCUACCACCUGCUGAACGUGCUUCUCCAUGCAGCCGUUUGCAUCCUCUUCCUGCGCUUCUGCCGACUGCUCCUGGACCGCACGACCAGUGUGGUGGCCGCACUGCUGUUUGCUGUCCACCCCAUCCACACAGAGGCUGUCACAGGCGUCGUGGGAAGAGCCGAACUGCUGUCCUCAAUCUUCCUGUUGGCAGCUUUUCUGACCUACACCAAGUCGAAAGGCACAGAUCAAUCCAUUGUGUGGACACCCAUCGUUUUGACCGUGUUCCUUGUAGCUGUUGCCACACUCUGCAAGGAGCAGGGCAUCACUGUGAUUGGAAUAUGCUGCGUGUAUGAAGUGUUUGUCGCCCAAGGGUUCACGCUGCCUAUGCUGAUCGACACAGUGGUGCAGGUGGUACGAGGAAAGGACAGCUUCCCCUACGCCGUGUUGCAGACCCUGCUGAAGCUGGUGGUGCUGGUCAUCAGCACGUUGCUUCUGGUCAUUGUCCGAGUGCAGGUCAUUCAGUCCCAGCUGCCUGUCUUCACCAGGUUUGAUAACCCAGCAGCUGUCAGUUCCACACCUGCCAGGCAGCUCACCUUCAACUACCUACUCCCUGUGAAUGGCUGGCUCCUGCUAAACCCUUCUGAGCUGUGCUGUGACUGGACCAUGGGCACCAUUCCGCUGGUAGAGUCUGUGCUGGACCCACGAAACCUGGCCACUCUGGCUUUCUACAUGCUGCUCGGCCUCCUGGCCUAUCACAGCCUUCGUCACGGCCACAGCUCUGCCAAAACCGUCGUCAUGGCUCUCUCUCUGAUCGUCCUCCCAUUCAUUCCUGCAUCCAACCUGUUCUUCCCUGUGGGCUUCGUGGUGGCUGAACGCGUGCUUUACGUGCCUAGCAUGGGCUUCUGUGUGCUGGUGGCCCAUGGAUUCAAGACCUUGACAUUAAGAUGGGGCCUGAAAAAGAUCUCAUGGUUCUUUAUGGGGGUUCUUCUAAUGACACAUGCUGUGAAGACGUUCAACAGGACCUGGGACUGGGAGUCGGAGUACACACUUUUCACGUCAGCAUUAAAAGUGAACAAGAACAAUGCCAAGCUUUGGAAUAAUGUUGGCCAUGCUCUGGAGAAUCAGCAUAAUUAUGAGCGAGCUCUCAGGUAUUUCCUCCAGGCCACGAGAGUGCAACCAGACGAUAUCGGAGCCCACAUGAACGUUGGAAGAACAUACAAGAACCUCAAUCGAUCCAAAGAGGCAGAGGAGGCGUAUCUGGUUGCAAAAUCUCUUAUGCCACAGAUAAUUCCAGGAAAGAAAUAUGCUACUCGAGUGGCCCCCAACCACCUGAACGUCUACAUCAACCUGGCCAACUUAAUCCGGGCCAAUGACUCGCGACUAGAGGAAGCCGACCAACUAUACAGACAAGCUAUUAGCAUGAGGCCAGACUUCAAACAGGCCUACAUCAGCAGAGGAGAGCUCCUUUUGAAGAUGAAUAAGCCCAACGAGGCACGGGAUGCCUACUUGCGGGCGUUAGAGUUGGAUCGUUCCAAUGCUGACCUGUGGUACAACCUGGCUAUUGUCAACAUCGAGAUGAAGGAGCCCUCCGAAGCUCUAAGGAACUUCAACCGCGCACUGGACCUGAACCCGCGGCACAAACUCGCACUUUUCAACUCAGCUCUGCUCAUGCAGGAGUCUGGUGAGGUGAAGUUCCGUCCCGAAGCCAACCGCCGCUUCCUGACCUAUGUAAAGGAGGAACCUGACGAUGCUAAUGGCUACUUCAACCUGGGCAUGCUAGCCAUGGACGCCAAUGAGAAUGAUGCUGCCGAGCGCUGGAUGCGACAGGCUAUCCGGUUGCAGCCGGGUUUCCGGAGCGCCCUCUUCAAUCUGGCGCUGCUGUUCUCUCAGUCUCAGCGUGAGCUGGAGGCCCUGCCCGUGCUGGACGAGCUCCUGCGGCACCAUCCAGAACACGUCAAGGGCCUCAUACUGAAGGGUGACAUCCUCAUGAACCACCGCAAGGACACUCAGGGCGCCCGAGCCUGCUUCCAGCGCAUCCUCCAAACAGAUCCCGGCAACGUCCAGGCCAAGCACAACCUCUGUGUAGUCUACUUUGAGGAAAGGGACCUGCCACGGGCUGAGCGCUGCCUGGAGGAGACUCUGGCCAUGGCUCCGAACGAAGAGUACAUACGCCGCCACCUGGCCAUCGUCCGCGGCAAAAUGGCGGCCAUGAGCACUGCCGGCCAGCCGCUGGUGCCAGCAGAGGGCGCCGGCCUCCCGGAAAAGCAGCAGCAGCAUCACCAGCAUCAACAGCAGCAGGAGGGCCGUGGAAAAGGAGAGGAGGAGGACGAAGAGUGGCGUGCUGCUGCAAAAGCAGGAACACGGGAAGGGGCUGGGAACGAGAAGAAUUUGCGGAAAUCCUCCCCUGCUGAAAGCUCUGGCGGCCUGGGCAAGGGCAAGGUGAAGAGGCUAGACGCUGGCCAGCGUGACAAGCGGACUAAGAGCAAAUCCACAAAAGAGAUUAAAGACAUAGAAAAGAAAAGGGAGGCCGCCUUGAAGAGACUGGAGGAGAUUGAGCGCAUAUUAAGCAGCGAUUAACCUCGUUGUUUAUCUACUACCACCGGACUACUUUUAUACAACUAUUUAAAGUGCAGGGAUAAGGCUUGGAAGUUUUUCCCCAAACAAGACCUUGUUAUGCAUGCGUUUAAGGACCCCGACCGAGGCGACAGCCGUUUGUUUUGGUCUGUUUUGCUUACUAUGUGAGGUAAAGCCACGUUCCUGUGGCUUUAAUUAAGUGAAACUUCAGAUCGUGUGAGUGCUCCUCGCAUGAAAGACGAAAAGCACAAAAUUAGGUACCUUUUUAAUGAGUAAGAAUCAUGGAUGCAGAAAUGCAGCAUAACUGAUGGAAUGUGUUAUUUUUUUUCUCUUUUUUUUUUUUUAAACAAGAAAAAUCUUUUAUUUGGCAUUGCCUUUUUUUGAAUCACUGGAUGAGUUUUUAAGAUACUUGCAAGACAUUAAUCACCUUUCCACUGUUUAUGAUUAAAAUGCUUUAGAUAAUUAUCACAGACAAUUAAAGGAAAUGACUGUAUGAGCACUAGACCCAGCUUGGGGCAGAGCGUUUGUUUGGUCCACCGGGCUGGGCUCAGGAGGCUAUUUUCACUGUGCUGAUUUCCCCUCACAUGAUGGCAUCGCGUUUCCUUGCUUCCUAGCCUGCUGUUUAUCUCACUUUUGCCCCCAGUGCUCUGACUCCCCCACACCUCAUGGUGUCAAUGUAUUAAUUGUGUCAUCCUGACAUCAUCCAGGAUGUUGAUCUCACCGUUAAUCAGGGUCAGCUCCUGCUCUUGUUAGUAGCUUUGCGAUGAUAGUCUGUCCCACCCUGUGUUCUGCCCCCGGGCUGUACCUUAUGGCCGCCUGCAUGCCCCUGUGACUCCCCCUCUUGAUCAGUGAUUUUACAGCACGGUCAUGCCUCAGCAUAUUUUCCUUUGACUGGGGUGUUAUGGCCUAGUUUUCACAGGGCUUGCUUUUGAUUUUUCACUGACUGUUGCUUGUUGUCACUGCAUAGAUCAAACACGAAGCUCAUAAUCAGGCAUUGAGGGAGAAACCAUGAUCUUCUGUGAUGGCAAAUGUUAAAAAUCCAACUUUAAUUUUUGUGGGUUGUGGUGGACCCUUAGCAAUCGUAGUUAUUCACUAAGAAACAAGUCAUUCUUGGAAUUAUUCACUGAAGUGUGUUGUUUCUUUAAUGUUAUAAGGUACUGUAUGCUUCAGAACAGGCAAUGGGAUCAUAUUAAUGAGCUUAUACUCCUGUGGAGCUGACAUUCUGUUAAUGCACAUCCUCCACUUAAGUAGAGGACAGAAUUUAACUUCCAUACCUGCUAGUUUACUAAUUCAUCAUUCACCAAACUCAUUCUAUUAGUCUUUCGCUGUCCUUUUCAUGUCUGACAAUCCAUUACUGAAGGACUGCAGUUAUCUCACAGUAUCAGCAGCAAGGUUGUUUGGCUUGGAUUCCUCUUUUAUCACUACCUGAGGCAAAUCGGUAUCUGGCAGACCCAAAGGUCCUUGAACCUUUACAGUGUAUUUUCACAUGCUAAUUCGCUAAUGCACUCUCCUGAGUGAUUCUGGAGCACAUAUGGAACUGUGUUUUGCACUUUUGCUGCAUUAAAACACUACAGAAAAUAAAGCCACUCAAAGCAGCACAAAACUGGUAGCAUUUUGUCCCUGUGAAAACAGUAGACUCACAGUGGCCUCCUACAAAGCAGAUGAACUUCAGAAUGGUUGUGCUUUGCAGCGUCCUACAGUUCUGCUGCUGCUGCUAUGUCCAUGUGGGUAAAAGUUAAUUGAUUAUACUGUGUUUUACAUAUAAAGUGCACUGUUUCUCCAAAAGUGUUGCAUCAGGGAAGCCCCUCUAUGGAUCUGGAGAACUGGAGUUCAACAUUCUUUGUUGAUUUCCUUGCUCAAAGAGACCUGAUUCUCCUCAUUAACAAAUUACCAGGCUUAGUACAUCACUAGGGACGUCGCCAAACUGUGCUGGACUCCCACCACACAGGGCCGAAUCUGGGCAACGUUGGCCUAGAUCAUUUAAACUUACAUAUGACCCACUAAUACAGCUAAACUACUGCAGACUCACUUAAGAGCCAUAAAACUUGGGCUACCAGUCGUAUUUCAACCUUCCUCCUCUCAGGAUGACCCCUGAGAAAGUAUGCUAUUCAUCAGUGAGCAUAUGCAGUGCCUCCUUCAAGGAUGUCCUGCCCAGACGUGAAACAAUGGCUGUACUUACCUACUGCUGUGCUGUAAGCUAAACCACUAUAUAUUUUAAAUCCAAGUGAUUUAUUGUAUUUAACCCUUUUUUUUCUUUCACAUAUAGACCAGAGUGUCAUUUGGCUCAUAGGUGGUAGCGGGGCGUAUGGUUUUCCAAUAAAGAAAGUUUACAACGAGAGUACACUGUUAAAGGUGUCACUUUUUUGGCGCUCACUUUGAACAGGUUGGUUGGUCCAAGUGUGAAUAAAAAGUAAGUGAUUUCCUGGAACAGGGAAGAUAAUGUGGUGUGUGUGUGUGUGUGUGUGUGAGAAUCUUUGUUUUUGUAAGUUUCUCACACCUGCUCUUCAUUCUGUUGGGUGAUAGCGGGUCUGUGUUAAUUUAAAUACACACUACAGCCAAAAACUUGACAGUCUAGUGUUUUCAGCAAGUGGCAGAGAGCCAAAAUAGUUGUCUGUCUGGGCUGUUUUGAAGGGUUAGCUGCAUGUUAACUCGAUGUUAGCUUGAUUUAGGUAUCACUGUACAGGCUUAAAAAGUUCCUCUGAUAAUGUAUCAUUUUGCAUUACAGUUCGGCUGAUAAGAAGCGUAAAGGCAGAAGAUACUCUAUCUCAGUACUGCUUUCUAAUUACUCUAAUCUCUUAGAUGCUGCAAGCAGACGUAGUACUGUGCUAAAAUAAGUUUCCAGUUAAAUACAUUUAUUUAGUUUUCAGUUAAAAUAGCCAUUAAGUACAAGUUCUUCACUUUUUCAGAAUUUAUUUCUGAAGACCUUUGAUAUAUGACAAGCAGUUACUAAAAUUCAUCUUUGAGAGAGAGCAGAAAAUCAAGCUCCACUCUUGCUUCUGGAAAAAAAUCCAUAGGUACUUCUGUCCAUCCUUCCACUGUGAGAAGACAAUUCAGGGCUAUGGGUCUGAAAGGAUGUGUAUCUGUCAAGAAGCCUCACUGAGAAAAGGAAAUAGACAAAAAAGAAGAAAAUCUGUAAAUCAAACAAAAUGGUGUUCUCAGAACAAUGGACUGGCCACCCCAGAGUCCAAACCUCAACAUUACAGAGUGUGUUUGGAUCGUGGAAAGCAGAAAAUGCAACCAACUUCAAAGACUGAAAGGUGGACACACUAAUUAUGUAAAAUGAUAGAAUAUUUGAUUGAGUCAUCUGUGUAAUUUUCUGGUAAAUGCGUCUUGGGCCUUUUUUCCUAAUGCUGGAAAAUGAAAACCUCAAUGGCUGCUUUGACUGGAAAUUAAAUAAACAAAAUGGUCUCUGAAUUUUGCACAGUGCUGUAUAUUUACAUGUACUUCAGUAUAAAAUGUGGUGGUAACUUCAUAGCCAGCCACAUUUUUUCGUGUAUGUUUUGUCUUGUAAGUAUUCAAGCUAGUAUGCUUCUUCUGUUAAAACACUAAUACAAU